AUGUCGGACCACUUUGCGUGGAGAGACCCAUGUGAUGGUACUGACGAACGCAUGCGAACUCAUGCAAAUCAGAAUGGGCAGUGUGAAGAGAAAAUGGGAAAGAUCCAGAUGGUUGGAAUGCUGCUGGCAGUGAUAGUGAUCAUUGCUUGUCUGUGGGAGAGCGUGGAUGGUGCUGACAGCUGUCAAGUUGGGGGCACAACAGCCUGCAGUGAGGAGUGCAAGAAGCAGGGUUGCAAGAAGGGAGAAUGCCAAGGCGAGAAUGGCAGCCAAGCCUGCAAAUGCACUAAUGAGUUGACGAUUCCCAUCCUCUAA